AUGGCUACUAAUGCAAAGCUAACCAAUGAUCCUUCGGGUGAGGCUGUUGAUAUUUCAUUAUAUAGAAGCAUGAUUGGUUGUCUUUUGUAUUUAACUGCAAGUCGUCCUGAUAUUGCUUUUAGUGUUGGUGUAUGUUCUAGGUUUCAAUCUAAUCCUAAGGUUUCACGUUUGAAUGUUGUUAAAAGAAUCAUAAAAUAUGUUAGUGGAACUUGUGAUUAUGGAUUGUUUUAUAGAAAAGAGUCAAAUUUGUCUCUUGUUGGAUACUCAGAUUCAGAUUGGGCUGGCAAUGCCGACGAUAGAAAAAGUACCAUUGGUGGGUGUUUUUAUGUAGGGGCCAAUCUUGUUGCUUGGAUGAGUAAAAAGCAAAAUUCUGUCUCUCUGUCUACUGUAGAAGCAGAAUAUAUUACUACUGGAAGUUGCUAUUCACAGUUUCUUUCGAUGAAAAAGCUUUUAAGUGAUUAUGAGAUAUCACAAGACAUCAUGGUUGUCUAUUGUGAUAAUUCUAGUGCUAUCAAUAUCUCUAAGAACCCUGUCCAACACUCUAAGACUAAGCACAUAGAGAUUACAUAUCACUUUAUUAGGGAUUUGGUUGAAAGAAAGAUUGUGGUUUUUGAAUAUAUCCCGACUGAAUGA